AUGGCACACGCACCAGCAACCACCCAAAUCCCACAACAUGUCACAGCUCUCCUUUCACAUCUUACAUCACGCCCCGGCGUACAAUCCACCUUCAUCCUUUCCCGCAAAGACGGAUCCAUAAUCCAAAGCACCGGACUCCUCGCCUCACCACCGCCGAGAAAUAGCACGACAAGCGCAACACAGACACCGCCAGCAACGGACGACGCGAACAGUACUACUACCCCUCCUACGGAGUCAUUGGAUCCUUCUUCGCCCGCUGGCGCAAGCACAGUCCGAACCCCUACCGCACAGAAACCAUACCAGCCGUCUCAGGCGGAAGCUCUCGCGGCGCGGAUCUUUGCUUUCGUGUCGAGUGCGUCGGAGCUGGGGAUGACGCUGUCGUGUCCGCGCGCGGAGGAUAGGGAUAGCUAUCAAACUGGGUUGAACGGAGAUGGCGCGGGGAGAGACGAUGCGAGGUCGGAGGGUGUGGACAGGGAGGAGGACGAUGAGGUUAAGCUGCUCCGGCUGAGGACUAAGAAGCAUGAGAUCGUGGUCGUGCCGGAUAGGAAGUAUCUUCUGUGUGUGGUGCAUGAUGCUGCGCAUGCGUCAGGGGGUUCGGGGGUUGCGGGGGGGCGCUCUAGGUGA